AUGGUCAACCUCCUGGAAGUCUCCACCGGUCUUUUGGCCGCUGCUGGUCUGGUCAAGCGAGCCGACAACUCCUCGUCCACCUCCCAUCACAUUGAGGUGCCCAACGUGGGCAACGCGGCGCUUCUCGAAUGGGGCUUCAACGAGGCCCAGAAGAUCUUCAACAACUCGCAGGCUUCCAACUGCACAAAGUGUCAGGAGGGCAUCAAUCUUGGCAAGUACAUCCACCUGGCCGCCCCCGAUGUCACCCCCGAUCUGCUGGUCAAGCUGUGCUGGCACUACAAUUGGCAAGACGAUUGCGACUCGUGGCAGGGACGAGACAUCACUAAGGGAAACAACGGCAAACAUAUCGCCAACGUCUUCACUCUGAUGGACGCCUUUGGUCUGGACGGCCAAGCUCUGUGCAAUUGGCACGCCACCGACACCUGUGACCCCGUCCAGGUGCCCGAGCCUGAUCUCUCGUCCUGGUGGCCCGAAAAGCCCAAAAACCCCCCCAAGAUCGAAUCCUCGUACAACGAGACCUUCAACGUGCUGCACAUUUCGGACUUUCAUCUGGAUCUGCGGUACGAGGAGGGCCUGGAGUCCAAUUGCGACGACUACAUGUGCUGCAACUCCGAAUCGCACAACAAACGGGCCAUUGCCGCCGGCCUCAACCAUACCGUCCAGCCCGCCCAGAAACUGGGAUCGUACCAUUGCGACGCUCCCGAAUCCAUGGUCGAAGACUCGCUCAAGACCGUGGGGGCCAUGGCCGACGCACGUGACUUUGAAUUCUCCAUUUUCACCGGAGAUAUGGUGGCCCACGAUCUCCAGGACUGGCUGUCUCUUUCUCACACCUACCAGUCUGAGGAGGAGGUCUACUAUCUCAUGAAGAAGUAUCUCAAGGACAUUCCCGUCUACCCCACUUUUGGCAACCACGACUCGUAUCCCUAUGCUCAGCUGGCCCAGAACUCGUCUGGUUUUGCCGGCGACUUUUCCUGGAACGCCGAGUUGUCUGCCAAAAUGUGGAAGGACUUUGGCUGGAUCAACGAGACCACCGAGGCCCAGGCAGAGCACACAUACGGUUCGUUUGCCGUCACCACCAAGCGAGGUCUGCGGGUCAUUUCCAUCGACUCCAACUUCUGGUACGGCGCCAACUACUACAACUUCUGGAACAUUUCCGAGCCGGAUCUGUCCGGUACCUUCAAGUGGUUGGUGGGCGAGCUGCUGGAGUGCGAGCGUCAAGGCCAAAAGGCCUGGAUUGUGGCCCAUGUGCCCUCCCAGGAGAUGGCGGCGGUGCCCUGGACCACGGAGGUGUUCCGACAGGUGAUUCGACGGUUCUCCCCCCACGUGAUUGCCGCCAACUUCUUUGGUCACACCCACGCCGAUCAGUUCAACGUCUUCUACGAGGAGAACAACAAGUGGACUGAGGAGUCGGCCAUUUCGGUGGGCUGGAUCAUCCAGUCGGUGACUCCCGUGGACUCCUUCAACCCGGCGUGGAGAUAUUACGAGGUGGACACCAAGACGUUCGAGAUCAUGAACUCCAAGAACUACUACUCGCCUCUGAAUCAGACGUACGACUACGACAUCAACAAGUCGCACAACGAGACCAUUGGCAACUUCUCCUACCCCGUUUUCGAGCCCCAGACCCCCAAGCAGUCGCUGGACUGGAUCUGGGAGUACUCUGCCCGAGAUGCCUACGACCCCAACAACACAUGGCCCGACACUGCUCCUCUGAACGCCACCUUUUGGCACCGAGCCGCCAAACUCAUUGUGGAGAACCCCUCCUACCGACAGCUCUACUACGACCACUACUACCGAAAGUCUCCCUACACUCCUCAGGGAUGCACCGGCAAGUGUCUUCAGCAGACCUUUUGUUCAUUUGUGGGUGGUUCUCAGGGAGAGCGAACCGAGUGUCUUAAGCUGAAGGAGCUGCCUACUUUGUAG